AUGCCUCUAAAUCCAUGGAACACCCUCUUCUCCUUCUUAACAAUCAUCCUUCCCCUCUUGAACCCUUUUGUAGCUUUCGCAGUUAAUCCACAAGGCGAAGCACUUCUUUCAUGGAAGCAAAGCCUAAAUGGACCCACUGUGGCCUUGUCUAAUUGGAACCCAACAGAUGAAACUCCAUGUGGGUGGCUUGGAAUCACUUGCAACAUCAACAAGGAGGUCGUGGAAUUGAAGUUAAGAGACUUGAGUUUAUAUGGUACAGUUCCAACUAAUCUCACUUCAUUGGUUUCAUUAACCAAGGUUGUACUUACUAGUACAAACCUCACGGGUUCAGUCCCAAGAGAGAUUGCUAUACUACAUGAACUGAAUUACUUGGACUUGAGUGACAAUGCGUUAACCGGUGAAAUCCCAUCUGAGAUUUGCAACUUGCUUAAGCUCCAAGAAAUCCACCUCGACUCAAACCAGCUAGAAGGCUCGAUUCCGGCUCAAAUCGGCAACCUCACAAGCUUGAAAUGGCUGACUCUUCAUGAAAACCAGCUCAAUGGAGAAAUACCCAAUACCGUAGGCAACUUGAAGAACCUCCAAGUGAUAAGAGUCGGUAUCAACAAGUACCUUGGAGGCAUUAUACCCCGAGAAAUCUGGAAUUGUACGGAGUUGACCAUGUUAGGCCUUGCCGGAACAAGCGUCUCGGGUUUCCUUCCUCCGAGUCUUGGUCUCCUCAAGAAGCUUGAAACCAUAUACAUCAUGAAAACUCUCCUCUCCGGCCAAAUCCCACCUGAAAUUGGCGACUGUACCGCCCUCCAAGAGAUCUCCCUCUAUCAAAACUCGCUCACCGGUUCAAUACCGAAAAGUCUUGGAAACCUCAAAAAUCUCCAAACGCUCAAUCUCUGGCACAACAACUUGGUGGGUACUAUUCCAUCAGAGCUUGGGAAUUGCAAGAAGUUAAUAUUUCUCGAUGUUUCGGGGAACUCAUUAACCGGAAACAUUCCGCAAAGUUUCGGAAACUUAUCGGCUUUGCAAGAACUCGGACUCCAAAUGAAUCAAAUAUCGGACGAAAUUCCAGCACAAUUAGGAAACUGGAAGGAGCUCACUUACAUCGACUUAGGCCACAACAGGAUCGCCGGUACGAUACCAUCCGAAAUUGGAAACCUUACGAAACUUCAACAGCUUUUCUUGGAUAAUAACAAGUUAGUGGGACCCAUUCCAUCCUCAAUUUCCAAAUGUCAGAAUCUUGAAAUUCUUGGUUUAGCUUCUAAUGGUUUGACUGGGAAUAUUCCCCAAGGAAUCUUUCAGUUCAAGAAACUGAAAAUAAUCAAUCUUUCCUCCAACAAUUUAUCGGGUGAAAUACCGAAAAAUAUCGGAAACUGUUCGUUUCUAAUUUGGUUCGAAGUUGGAGAUAACAAGCUUGCAGGGCCAAUACCGAGAGAGAUUGGGAACUUGGAAAAUCUAGAUAUCUUGGGUCUCAGUUUGAAUCGAAUUUCGGGAAAUGUACCUGCCGAGAUCUUUGGCUGCCGAAACUUGGAGUAUCUCAAUUUGCAUUCUAAUUUGAUCACCGGAAACUUUCCUGGUAAGUUAAGCCGCCUUGUUUUGUUGCAGUUUGUUGAUUUUUCCAAUAAUUUUAUUGAAGGUACUUGGCCACUUCAUGUAUUUCCACGGCACAUUGUUUUCUUUUCAAUCUCAAGGAACAAUUUAAGCGGAGAGAUACCUUCCUCGGUUUGCAAUCUCAAUUUUGUUAACUGCCUUGAUUUCUCUCAUAAUCAUUUUAGUAUGAUUCCUCCAUGUUUGGGAAAUAUGAGUGAUCUCAUAAAUUUGGAAUUGCGAAAUAACAAUCUUCACGGCGCCAUCCCUAAAUUUGUAAAGUGCAGUAACUUGAGAAGUCUUAAACUGGCCGACAAUCAAUUAGAAGGGCCAUUGCCACGUUCAUUGGUCAAUUGCAAGAAAUUAGAAAUUCUAGACGUUGCUAACAACAGGCUUAACGACACAUUCCCUCAUUGGUUGGUAAAUCUUCCAGAGUUGCGGGUUCUCUUAUUGCGAUCAAACAACUUUCAUGGUUCCAUAGGCAAUCACAAGACUAAAUUCUCAUUCCCUAAUUUGAGAAUUAUAGACAUCUCUCACAAUAUGUUCCAUGGUCAUUUGCCAUCAAACAUUUUCAAGUAUUUAUCAGCCAUGAUGAAUGGGAACAUGGAUAACGAUGGAUUGCAAUAUAUGGGUGAUGAUUAUCAUUUUGUUUUUAGAAGAGAUAUGGAUAAUGAUUAUUAUUCUCAUAAUGAUUCUGUUACAAUUGAUGUUACAAUUGAUAUUAAAGGGAAUUAUAUUGAUGUGGUGAAAAUACUAACUCUAUUGAAAACUAUUGAUUUUUCCAACAAUAGUUUCAAAGGAGAAAUUCCAAAGGUAAUUGGAAACCUUGGAUCACUUAAAGGGCUAAAUUUUUCACACAAUAAUCUUAUGGGUCAUAUACCUAUAUCAUUCGGAAAUUUGACUAAUCUUGAAUGGCUAGAUCUCUCCUCAAACAAGCUCACAGGCAACAUUCCUAUACAAUUGACAAAUCUUACAUCAUUGGAAAUUUUAAAUCUCUCAAAAAACCAUCUUGUGGGAUUGAUACCUCAAGGUAAACAAUUCAAUACAUUUACAAAUGCUUCUUACAGUGAAAACUUGGGUUUAUGUGGAUUUCCAUUGACAAAAACUUGUGGCAAUGAUGAGGGACAACAACCACCACCAUCACCAACCAUCCAAGAAGAUGAUGUCGGGUUUGCAAAUGGAUUUCAUUGGAAAGUUGUAUUGUUGGGGUACGGAUGUGGUGUCAUGUUUGGAUUAGGUAUGGGAUAUCUUGUGUUCUCAAGUGAAAAACCAAAAUAUCUCUUGACUAUUAUUUAUGGAGAACGACGCAACAAGGUGCGAAGAUCCAAGAAGAAUGCUCAUGGAAGAAUUAGUUGA